CAAGAGACAAAAAAAAAAAACAUAUAAAAACCCAUAUAUGCAAAUAUAAGCAGCAGACUCAGUGAUAUAGAAAAGGGCACAUCUGAUAGUAAACCAGCAGCAAUAAGAUCGUAGUACUUUUAGCACAAAUAAUUCUCGGAAUCAAUCUCAACCAUAACAAUUGAACAUGGAGGUCGUUCUUGACUUUAACCGUGAGCUUGAUGUGGGCUUACUGGACAAGGUAGUGCAGACCUUCUACAGUAGCACCGGACCUGACCACAAAAUGGCUGAACAGGUCAUGACACAAUUCCAGGAAAAUCCUGAUGCUUGGAGACGUGUGGACACUAUUCUUGAAAACUCAAAGGACUCAAAUACAAAGUUCUUUGCGCUUCAAAUCCUGGCCAAGCUGGUUCAAACACGGUGGAAACUGCUGCCUCCUGAGCAGCGUCAAGGAAUUCGCAAUUUCACUGUUGGAUUGAUUGUCAAGCUUUCAUCAGAUGAAGCCAACCUUGUGCGCGAAAAGAUUCUCCUUCAUCGAUUGAAUCUAGUAUUAGUUCAGAUUUUGAAGCAGGAAUGGCCGCAUGCCUGGCCCAGCUUUAUCCCAGAGAUUGUCAGCUCUAGUAAAUCUAAUUUAUCACUCUGUGAGAACAACAUGGUCAUUUUGAAGCUUUUGAGCGAAGAAAUCUUUGACUUUUCAGCGGAGCAAAUGACGCAAGUCAAAACCAAGAAUCUUAAAAACUCUAUGUGUGGAGAGUUUUCAGAAAUCUUCCAGCUCUGUAGUGAGGUUUUGGAGAAGGCCAACAAGCCUAGUUUGAUUAGGGCGACGCUCGAUACGUUAUUGAGGUUCCUUAAUUGGAUUCCGCUUGGCUAUAUCUUUGAGACCAAUCUCGUCGAGAACCUCCGUGCCAGGUUCCUGGAUGUUCCUCAAUUCCGAAAUGUGACCCUACGCUGCCUUACCGAGAUCGGUAAUUUAUCCGUAACACCUGAAUAUAACGACAAGUUUGUCGCUCUUUUCAACAUUGUGAUGACUUCGGUUGUCAAGACUAUUCCGAUGUCAGGGAAUAUUGCUGAAAUGUACGAGAAUGCCUCCGACGAUGAACAGUUUUAUAUCAAAAAUGUUGCCAUGUUCUUAAAUGGCUUCCUUAGCGUCCAUCUUAAGUUGGUAGAGAAUCCUCAAAACAAAGAAGUGCUACGCGUUGCCCAUGUAUACCUACUCAAAAUCUCGGAAGUAGAAGAACGAGAGAUCUUCAAGAUCUGCCUUGAAUACUGGGCUAAGCUGGUAGCGGACCUUUAUGAGGAGCUUCAACAACUACCAGCAGUGGAUACACCUUUGUUGAACAUGGGUAGGCCAGGCAUGCUGUUAAAGGGAGAAGACCGCAGCCGGACAUACUAUAGUACCAUUUUGCCACGAUUGCGCGUUGUCAUGAUCGAGCACAUGGUUAAGCCUGAAGAGGUUUUGGUUGUUGAGAAUGACGAAGGAGAGAUUGUCCGUGAAGUCUUGAAGGAGAGUGACACCAUUACUCUCUAUAAGAGUAUGCGUGAGGUCCUUGUCUAUCUGACGCAUUUGGACUGUGCCAAUACAGAACAGAUCAUGACGGAGAAAUUAAUGAGGCAAAUGGAUGGCUCUGAGUGGGGUUGGGCAAAACUCAAUCAACUGUGCUGGGCGGUCGGAUCAAUUUCAGGAGCCAUGAGCGAAGAAACCGAGAAACGAUUUUUGGUCACUGUUAUCAAAGAUCUUUUAGAGUUGUGUGCUGUUAAGCCUGGCAAGGAUAAUAAGGCUGUUGUUGCAUCCAAUAUCAUGUACAUUGUCGGACAAUAUCCUCGAUUCCUAAAGGCCCAUUGGAAAUUCCUAAAAACAGUUGUCAACAAACUAUUUGAGUUUAUGCAUGAGUCGCAUGAUGGAGUUCAGGACAUGGCUUGUGAUACUUUUAUUAAGAUCGCUCAAAAGUGUAGACGGCAUUUUGUUUUGCAACAAUCUCAGGAAUUGAUGCCCUUCAUUGAUGAAAUCCUCAAUACGCUCGACCGGAUAACAAGCGAUUUAUCCCCUGCACAGCUUCAUACAUUUUACGAGGCGAUAGGCUAUAUGAUUUCGGCUCAGCCCAAUCGCGGGGCUCAAGAGCGUUUGAUAGCCAAGGCCAUGCAGACACCCAACCAACAUUGGGAUAACAUCAUGGAGCAGGCCAAAGUGAACGUGAACAACUUGGACCAAACAGAAAACCUCAAAGUCUUGGCCAGCGUUUUAAAAACAAAUGUCUCAGCUUGCAGUUCAAUUGGCCCAGGAUUUUACUCACAGCUCGGACGGAUUUACCUGGAUUUAUUGGCUGUAUAUAAGGCAGUCAGUCAACUUAUCUCUGAGAGUGUUGUGGUACAAGGACCUAUCGCCCUGCGUACACCACGCGUUCGUCAAAUGCGCACUGUUAAGAAGGAAGUGCUCCGUUUGAUCGAGACUUAUGUCAGUAAAGCAGAGGAUCUCGUUGAAGUAACCAAAAACAUCAUUCCCGGGGUCUUGGAAGCGGUGUUAGGAGAUUAUCAACGGAAUGUUGAGCCUGCUCGCGAGCCUGAAGUGUUAAGCGUUAUGAGUGCGAUUGUGAACAAGCUGGGGGCUUUACUUAAUGACCAAAUUCCUCUCAUUCUUGAGGCAGUCUUUGACGUGACACUUCAAAUGAUCAACAAGGAUUUCAGCGAGUAUCCAGAGCAUCGUGUGGGCUUCUUCAAACUUUUGCAGGCUAUCAUGCAAAACUGUUUUGCAGCCAUUUUGAGUCUUCCUGCAGUACAGUUACGCCUCAUAGUGGAUAGUAUUGUUUGGGCAUUCAAGCAUACGAUGCGUGACAUUGCAGAUAUGGGCUUGAGUAUUUGCCUGGACUUGAUCAACAAUUUUGCAAACAGCGAUCCAGUCAUUGCGAACCACUUUUAUCAGAGCUACUUCCUUAACUUGCUUAAUGAUAUUUUUUACGUGCUUACAGACAACAAUCACAAAAGCGGCUUUAAGCUCCAAUGUCAAGUCCUUGCUCGUAUGUUUUACUUGGUGGAUUCCGGAGCAGUACAGGCACCGUUGUUUACAAUGUCACAGGUUGCUGAUCCCAAUAUGACUAACGAACGAUUCCUGAAGGAUUAUAUGAUGAACCUUCUUCAAAAUGCCUUCCCUCAUUUACAACCAUCUCAGGUUGAGACGUUUACCCUGGCGAUGUUUGCUACCAAUCGAGACACAAACAAGUUCAAGCUACAUGUGCGUGACUUCUUGAUCCAGCUGACAGAGUUUGGCGCAACGGAGACCGAGCAGAACGAACUAUUCCUUGAUGAGAGAGAAGCAGAGCAGGAAGCAAAGAAAAAGAUAGAUCGAGAAGCUGCGCUCAGGAUUCCAGGAUUGGUCAAGCCAUCUGAACUUCCAACCAUGGAUGAGGACGACUAGAAAUAUCAAAGAAUUUUUUUUUUUCAUUUUUUUUUUCAUUUAUUUCUUUCUUUUUUGUCUUGACAAAUAUUUACUGGGCAAAUCUAUAAGGUGAAAACCCUUUCAAUAAUUCUAGCGCGUAAUUUUUCUCAAUGGU